AUGUGUUCUAGGAGAGCUUUGUCGUCACGACUGAUCACAUCAAGUUCUGAAGCUGAUCCAGGAUUUUUUCGUUCUGUGCUUUGGAGCGACGAAGCUAUUUUUAAACUAAACGGGCGUAUAAACCGACACAAUUGCGUUUACUGGGCGUUUGAGAACCCGAAUUUAGCUCUACAACAAGAACUAAAUGUCCCGGGAAUCAUGAUUUGGGCUGGAAUUUGCGCCCACACGAUCGUUGGGCCGAAUUUUUUUGAAAACGAAAAAGUAAAUGGUACGACGCACUUAGACAUGCUGCAAAAUCUUAAAAUUGAACUUGCAGAAAGUCCAGUGUUUGCCGGUCAUCAAAUGCCAUUGCAACAGGAUGGCGCACCUGCGCAUUUCUCAGUCCAAGUACGAACGUUUCUCAAUGAAAACUUUUCGGGAUGGAUCGGAAUAGUUGACUGGCCACCACGGUCGCCGGACCUUACACCCUGUGAUUUUGCCUUAUGGGGCAUACUGAAGGACAGAGUAUUCGCUUUUUUGGCCACGUUCCAUCGAAAUUUUGAAAGCAGUCAUCACGGAAGAACUUGA